GGACCGACAGCACCUGACAGCAGCGGCGUCGGCGGCGGCGGCAUCGACAUCGGCAACGGCAUCGAGAUGCUGAAGGCUCUGUACGACUUUCAAGCGGUUUAUCCGAAAACCAUUAGCUUUGAUGAGGGCGAAUAUUUUAUACUCUACCAGACCUCCGCACGCCAACGGAAUUGGUGGCAGGUGGUCAGCAUGAAGGGCAACAUUGGCUUUGUGCCAUCCAAUUACGUAAUGAAGAUUAAGGUGGAACAUGAUUUUCUCAUCAGCUUCCUCAACUCAUCGAUUGAGUCGCUGGAGAAGUGCACUGAGCCAGAGAUUAAUGGCAUCAUGUCCAGGGAGGAGCUCCUCGACAGACUGCGAGAGAAGAAGCACACCAUGGAACGGCUCUAUGCGGAGAGCUCGGAGCGUGACGGUGACUCAUCGCUGUCCUAUUCGCACAGCUACAGCGACAAGCAGCAGCUGAGCGGCAGUCACAGCCACAGCCACAGCCACUCCCACCGGCACUCGCACACGCAUCCGCAUCAACAGAAAUCCCAACAGAAUAGUCCGCCUGCUACGCAACGCUUGGACAUGAGCAAGAAGAGCAUGUCCAGUCCGGCGGUGGGGGUCAGUGUGCAGCAAUCGAUGCCGGAGUCCCCUAGCAUGGGCAGCAUGCAGCUGCAGAGCAGCAGCUGCACCAUACAGACGCCACAGCAGCAACAGCAGCAGCCUCUGCCGGCGCCUCCGCUGGCGGCCAGCACUUCUGCAGCAGCAGCAGCAGCGGCGGCUGCUGCCACACAAGCACAAAAGGUCUGUAGCUCCGUUUCGGAUGUGGCGCAGGACAAUAGCAUCACCUCAGAGCCGUCUGAGACGACAACAACAACUACGACCACCAGCGAGGAUGUGGUGACCACGUACAAGGAGACCAGCCAGCUGAGCACCAGUAACGGUGCCACAUCAGCUGCAGCUGCAGCCAACGCCGCCGCCAGCGCAGCGACAGCCACUGCAUCGGCAGCAGAAGCAGCCGCUGCAGCAGCAGCCUCAGGAUCAGGUGAAGAAGUGGGAGCAGCUGUGAAGCACAAGCCACACAAUGGCAACAGCUCCACGGCUGUGCACGACGAGCAGCUCAGUCUGAGCCUCAGCCAGGGCGCGGACAGUGCGCCCGACAAGUCAGAGGCGAGCGAUGAUGGCUGCAAUGGCUGCGGCGACAAUAGCCAAGCGCUGGACAGCAUCGACAGCCCCUCGCUCUCGCAUCGAUUGGGCGCCAGUCUUACAGCCGGCGCCAAUGGUACUCUGGACAAUGGGCGUGGCCAGCUGAAAGUUGAGUCAUCCGAUGUGUAUCAGAUUGUGGAUGCACUGCGUCGCAAUACGAAUCUCAGCUUUGAUUUGUCAUGCGAGGCGCUGCGCGUGGUGCUAACCAGCUUGGAGCAGCUAUACAAUGGCGCCAUCAAUCCGUAUCUGGAGGCAGUCGCCGUGCACGUCACCGGCAAGGUGGCCACGCCCAAAGAGCUGCUGGGCAUCACGCACGACUCCAAGCGAUUACAAUAUCUGUUUGCCCAGUUGGCCGACUGCAAGAACGACACGGAACAACGCACCUGGAUGCUCUACGAGGACGAGGAGGAUAUUAUACAGUUUCUUGAGGAGCUCGUUGAGAUACUGAAUAACGCUGAUGAGAACAUCAGCUGCUAUGAGAUGUCGUGUGAUCAAUAUCAGAUGUUCAUCAAUCUGGUACAAUACUAUCAGAUGGAGACACGUUGGUCCAUCAAGAAACUGUUGCUUAAGACUUUCACUGCUGCCUGUCACUUGGAUCACAUCAUUGUUGAUAUACUGCUAACCUCAGUGCUGCCCCUGGAGAUUGUGGAGGAUAUGAAGACGCACUUUUCCAAUUUGGAUCGCUUCAAACAGUUGGUCAAAAUGUUAACAAUCAUCUUCUCACUGGGCCAGCCCAUGCCCGUGAAUCAUCAGGAUUAUUUGGGCGUGCACUUUGCCAGCUUUCUGCUGGAAAUUGUGGAAGGAAACAAUCCGGAACAGCUCGUGGACAUGGUAAUCGCCCUGAUAUUGGCCUUCAAUCAACAGUUUGGCGAUCAUACGGUGAAUGUGAUCAUUGAGGCCAUGCAGAAUCUGCCCACAGCCAAAGUGUUCACCGAGAAGCUGUUGCUGUUGCUAAAUCGAGAGGAUGAUCCAACGCGCCUGCUGAAGCAUCACAAUGAGCAUAUGAAUACGGUGCUGCGCAUGUUUAUUGACAUAUUCAGCCAUACGGAUACGGCCGGCAUGUUCUAUACGAACGACAUUAAGGUGCUAAUCGAUAUUGUGGUGCGUCAGCUGUCCGAUUUGGAUGCGGGUAGUGCGACACGCCCAUGCUAUUUGGAGCUGUGCCGUCGCAUCCUGCGCAACACAAACUAUCAGGACCAUCAGCAUCGCAAGCAUGAUCUAAUGAAGAUAUUUACGCGCAUCUUUUGCGAGGAGACCGAAUGCAGCGCAUCCGAUCAGCAGCUGGUGCGCGAGAUAGCCAACGAAUUUCCCCAAUUAUUUAAGGCAUAAAUGCAAAGAAACGAAACAGAAAAACUAUAGAAAGAAGAAGAAAAGAAAACACUCCUAUUAAAACAAAAUUAAAUUAUGUAAAGCGUUGCUAGUGAGGCUACUAAAUAGGCCAACAACAUUUUAAACAUGAAAUUGUAUAGUUUAGAAAACUGA